AUGCUUCGACUUGUGAUGGAGUCGGCCAAGAUUAACCCACCCCUAACCCCCGCACCCAGGCCCUGUGUAACCGUCUACUUCAGAGAUGUCAAGAGGAAAACUCGUGAAGUGGAAGGAAAUAACCCUACCUGGAACGAGACCUUAAUAUGGCACCUCUGGAACCGGCCCCUACAGAAUGACUCUUUCCUGCAAGUCAUCCUUCGGGACUUGGGUUCAAUAAAGAAAGAAAGGUUCCUUGGCCUGGCCACAAUACUGCUCAAGUCCUUGGUGAAAAAACCAAGAGAGGUCCUUUUUGUGAAGGACCUGACCCUACUCAACCAUUCCAUGAUGCCCACAGAUUGCACUGUCACCCUACAGGUGGCCCAUAUGACCUGCCAGGAUAUUGAGAAGACAGGGGAUGAAAACCUGGCUACAGCUGUGCGAGAAGCAGCCAGGCAGAAACUGGUAGCUCCUGGCUAUGCUGUGCCCAAGGAGCUGUCCUCAAAGCCUCAGCACUUUCAGGUCCGAGUGAGGGUGUUUGAAGCCCGCCAGCUCAUGGGCAACAACCUCAAGCCGGUGGUGAGGGUCGUCAUCGCAGGCCAGCAGUACUACACGCGGAUCAAGAUGGGGAACAACCCUUUUUUCAACGAGAUCUUCUUCCAGAAUUUCCAUGAGGUUCCUGCAAAGAUCUUCGAUGAGAGCAUCUUAAUCCAGGUGAUGAAUUCCUCAGUGAUGAGAUUCAAUUCGGAGAUUGGGAGAUUCCAAACAGAUAUUGGUUUUAUCUACCAUUCUCCAGGUCACACACUCCUGAGGAAAUGGUUAGGCCUCUGCCAGCCAAAUGAACCCAGCAGUGGUGUGAGAGGCUACCUGAAAGUCACCAUCUGUGCCCUGAGUGUGGGAGACCAGGCCCUGGUAGAUCAAAAGCUGCCCUAUGGGGCUGAUGACACCGAUAUUCAGAUCUUCAAGUCAACAAUGGUCCCAAUCAACAUGGCCUACUUACAGUUCUUCAUCUACUGUGCAGAGGACCUUCACCUCAAGAAACACCAGCUAGUGAGUCCUCUGUUGGAGGUGGAACUAAUUGGGGAAAAGCUCAAGACACAGGUGCAGACCCAAACUGAGAACCCUACCUGGAACAAAAUCCUGACCUUCCGGAUUCAGAUGCCCUGCCUCUCCAGCUACAUCAAAUUCAGAGUCUUGGACUGCUCCACGAGCAACUGCCGGGAUGAGAUCGGGACUGCCAGCCUUUCCCUCAACCAGAUCUCGUCCACAGGAGCAGAAAUGGAAGGAAUGUACUCUGGCUUCCUACCAUGCUUUGGCCCCAGCUUCCUGACUCUCCAUGGGGGUAAAAAGGCUCCUUUCCAGAUCCAGGAAGACGGCACUAACAGCCCCAGCUCUGUGAAGGAUGGUUUGGCGUAUCGAGGCCGAGUCUUCCUGGAAUUAGUCACCCACGUCAAGUCCCACCAAGACACGACGAUGAAGAACCUCUCCCAAGAAGUGACCAGUGUAGAGAAGCACCAGAACCGCCAAAAGUAUGGCCUGUGCGUUAUCUUCCUUUCCUGUACCAUGAUGCCCAAAUUCAAGGAGCUGAUCCAGUUCGAGGUCAGCAUUGGCCACUAUGGAAACAAGAUGGACCUGAAGUACAAGCCUCUCGUCUCAACCACACAGCACAGCCCAGUGAUCUACGAUGGCAACUUCUACCAUUAUGUGCCCUGGUACAACACCAAGCCGGUCGUGGCCGUGACCUCCUACUGGGAGGACGUCAGCUUCCGCAUGAACUGCCUCAACCUCCUGCACUUCACUCGGGACCGCCUGAAAGCCAACCUGGACACCCUGAAAUCCAUGAGGAACCCAAGGGACCCUGCCCUGCUCCCCCAGUGGGAGAAACUGCUGAGGGAGCUGGUGGAGGACUGCAAGCGUCCUCUGUCCUGCAUGACCAGUCAGCCCAAAGCCACCAACCUGGACAAGAAAAGGUGGCACCUCCGCAGACUCCUCCUGCAGGAACUGGCCCAAAAGGCCAAGGAAGCCCAACCCAGGGACAUGGUGGCCACUGCGGAGGGCUGGCUAUACCGCCUCAACGCCGUGCUCCCCGAGCCCCAGGUGAGUCUCCCAGACGUGAUGAUCUGGCUGACGGCCAAAGAGCAGCGAGUGGCCUACGCACAGGUGCCCGCCCACAGUGUCCUUUUCUCCUCGACCGGGGCCCUGCACUGCGGCAGGUUCUGUGGGAAGACACAGACCCUCCUUCUGCAGUACCCAGAGGGUGAAGGACAGAAGGACACGCUCCCAGCCCACCUCCGGGUCUGCAUAUGGCUGGGCAACGUCGCGGACAGCACGGACCUGCAGCUGCUCCGCCAAGGCGAGGUGGUCGUGUUCGCAGAGACGUACGAGAAUCAAGCCAAGUAUAAAGACCAGUGGGGACCGCAGGGGUUGUACCGCUGCCCCAACUUCUCCGAUGUCCUGGGGCGCAAGGCUGUCCCCAGGGAGGAUUUCAAGGAACCCGCAGGAUGGCACUGGCAGGGGCAGUGGACAGUGGAGCCUCAGAGGAGACUCUGCCUGGACACAGACAUCAACAAGAGCCAGGUGCUGGAGGAGGUGUAUGAGAACCAGCACCGUGAUGCCACGGGGGCGUGGGUGCCGGCUGCCACCCCCAACACAGAUGCGAGCGGACAGCCCACGGAGGCCCGUGAGAAUGUGAAGUGUCCCCAAGGCUGGUAUGUGAAGAAGAACUGGGCUGUGGAGCUGAACCAUGCGGUGGACAAUGAGGGCUGGGAGUACGGCGUGUGGAUCCCGCCCUCGGGCCUGCCCCAGGUCUGGAACGCGGUGGAGAAGGCCUACUACUCAUGUCGCCGGCGGCGCUGGGCACGUGUGCGCUGCCGGAACCACGGGAAGCUGAGCCUGGAGCAGGAGACCCUGUCCUUCCUGCAGCUGCACAACCCUGGUCUGGCCCGGGAGGAAGAGGGCUGGGAGUAUGGCACCAUGGGCUCCAAGUUCCAGCUGAGCCCUCAGCCCCAGAGCCGCUUCCGCCGACGCUGCUGGCACCGCAGACUGGCCCCCAACAAGGACAAGGGCAUUGCACCCAUAUUCCUCCUGGAGGGGUCCUUGGGGAUGGGCCUGAAAUGGCAGGCUGAGGAGGAGAAUGGGACGCCAUCCCAGGAUCUGGGCAAAACAUUUGGGGACUCCUGGAGGCCUGCCGCAGAGGACACCCAGACACCCCACCUGCCCUUCAUCUACUGCGUCUUUAACAAGCCCCACUACUACCAGCUUUUCUGCUACAUCUACCAGGCCCGGAACCUGAUAGUUCACAGGAUUCAGACAUUCCAGGGGCCUUUCGUUCGGUUGGUUUUCCUGAACCACAGCCAGUGCACCCAGACCCUGAGGGACUCUGUGGCCCCCACGUGGGCCCAGACGCUCAUCUUCCAGCACCUCCUGCUGUACGAGAACCCCCAGGACACCAGGGACAGCCCGCCACUUGUGGUGUUGGAACUGUGGCAGCGAGACUCCGGGGGCAAGGAGAGCUUGUGGGGACGGGGCAUGUGGUCCCCAGUGGUCUGGCUGGAUGUUCAACACCGGAUCCUGCCCCCCAUGAAGUGGCAUCCCCUUGUGAAAGAAUUUGGGGAGGAAAAGGGCGAGAUCUUGGCAUCCUGCGAGCUGAUUCUUGAGACUGAGGUACUGGGAGAGAGGCUGCCCAUCUUAAGUGUUCCCUGGAAGAAUGGCGUCUACACACUCCCCAAGAGCAUGCAGCCCACGUUAAGGAAAAUGGCGAUUGAGAUCCUGGUCUGGGGCCUCCGGAACUUGAAGCAGGUGCGCUGCCCCCAGCUGCUGGUCGAGUGCUGGGAAGAGGCCCUGAUGACGGAGCCCAUCAAGGACUACCAGACCAACCCCAACUUCGGCCAGUCGGUCCUCUUCCUCACGCUGUUCAUGCCGACGGAGGCAGCCUACGCACUGCCCCUCGUGUUGAAGGUGGUGGACAACAGGGACUUCGGCCAGCAGACCAUGGUGGGUCAGGCUAACAUCGACUCCCUGCAGCACUACUUCUGUGACCCUUGGGCCUCCGACUAUGUGCCCCCUCGGCUUCCAAGUACGCCCUCCCCCAGGCCUCGCCAACAGCUCUUAGGUAACCUCUUCGAAAAGUUCUGGUUCACGUCUAGCAAAGCCGAGGAUGAGGACGAACCCCAGGAGGUGGACUGGUGGAGCAAGCUGUUCUGGGCCACGGGGGACAACAGUUUCCCGAAGUACCAGGACAGAGACUACCACAGCCUGAAGGUAUAUGACUGCGAACUAGAGGCUGUGCCAGCUUUCCAAGGCCUUCAGGACUUCUGCCAGACCUUCAGACUCUACCAGGAACAGCCCAAGUCUGACAGCCCUGUGGUGGGUGAGUUCAAGGGCCUCUUCCGUGUCUACCCCUUUCCUGAGAACCCAGAAGCCCCUCAGCCCCCCCGCCAGUUCCAGCUUUGGCCUCAGAAAGACGACUUCCCUCAGCAGUGCCUGGUCCGGGUGUACGUGGUGCGAGCAAUCAACCUGCAGCCCCAAGACUACAAUGGCCUGUGUGACUGUUAUGUGAUCCUGAAACUGGGACAGACGGAACUUGGCAAUCGGGACAAGUACCGGCCCAACAGUCUGGACCCUAUCUUUGGCACCAUGUUUGAACUCAGCUGCACCAUCCCCCUGGAGAAGGACCUGAAGAUUGAGCUGUAUGACUUUGACCUGUUUUCACCUGAUGAUAAGAUUGGAAGCACAGUCAUUGACCUUGAAAACCGACUUCUGUCUGGCUACGGAGCUCGCUGUGGGCUCUCCCAGUCGUACUGCAAGUCAGGGCCCUUUAGGUGGAGGGAUCAGGUGCCCCCCAGCUUCCUCUUGGAACACCACGCGAAGCGGAAAGGCCUGCCUCCGCCUCUGUUCAGCCCUGAAGAUGACUCUGUUUUCUACAAUGGGAGAAAAUUCAAACUGCAGCACUUUGAGCCCCAGCCCCCCAGUGCUCGCUACUUGGGACCUAAGAGGGAGCGCCUGGCAUUGCACCUUCUGCACACCCAGGGGCUGGUACCCGAGCACAUCGAGACCCGCACGCUGUACAGCGACAGCCAGCCAGGCAUCGACCAGGGAAAGGUACAAAUGUGGGUGGACAUCUUCCCCAAGAAGCUGGGGCCUCCUGGCCCCCCUGUCAACAUCAGACCCAGGAAGCCUAAAAGGUACGAGCUGCGCUGCAUUAUCUGGAAAACUGCCCAGGUGGACCUGAAGAGCGUCAGCUUAAGUAAUGAGAAGAUGAGUGACAUCUACAUUAAAGGGUGGUUAUUCGGGCUGGAGAAGGACAGGCAGACAACGGACAUCCAUUACCACUCCCUCACUGGGGAGGGCAGCUUCAACUGGCGCUUCACCUUCACAAUGGACUACCUGGCAGCCGAGCAAGUGUGCGUCCUGAGCCAGAAGGACUACAUCUGGAGCAUGGACCCCACAGAGAUGAAGUUCCCGCCCAAGCUCAUCAUCCAGGUCUGGGACAAUGACAUCUUCUCCCCUGAUGACUUCCUAGGGGUCCUGGAGCUGGACCUGUGUGACAUGCCCCUGCCAGCCCAGCACGCCAAGCUGUGCUCUGUCAGGAUGAUGGACACGGACUCCAUGUGGCCCCACUUCCUCCAGCACCAGCGCUUCUCCCUCUUUAAGAAGAAGGCUGUCACCGGCUGGUGGCCUUGCCAGGUCCUCGAGAAUGGCAAAUGGCGCUUGUCGGGUAAAGUGAAGAUGACGCUGGAGAUUCUGUCAGAGAAGGAAGCCUUAAUCAGGCCAGCUGGGCGUGGCCAGUCAGAACCCAACCAAUACCCCACACUUCACCCUCCCCUACACACCAACCCCAUGCUUACAUGGUUUCAGUCACCAUUUAGAAACUUGUGCCAUGUUUUCUGGAAACGCUACCGCUUCAAAAUCAUAGCCGUCUCAAUCAUAUCGAUUAUCGGGCUUAUGCUAUUCAGCUUCAUGUAUUCAACUCCGAGCUAUCUGGCCAUGAGCUGGGUCAAACCUGAACUUCGGCUGAAUGCGCCCAUUAAAAUAUUCACCAGUGUCAUCAAUUCACUCAACACCAGCAAUGGCAGCUCUCCCACCCUCGCCACGCGGCACCCGGGCCCAGAACCUGCAGCACACGAUGACCUGAAACCCCUCCUCCAAGGCCCCAAGAAUCACCUGCAGGACAUUUUUCCGGAACUCCCAGCCCCGGAAGGCUAAUUUGCCCGUAUGUGCCUGGCUUCUCUCUGCCCACCGUCAGCCCUGCCCGGGGCUUCCUGCCAGUUCCCUGUUCUCAUCUUCCGGGACAGCAAGGGGCCAGGGACAUUCUAGCCAUUCUGCUCAGAGCACUUGCAGCACAGGGCAAAGCUGUACUUUUCCACUAAAAUAAACAAGCUUUAUAGAACAGA